UUGGCUUCAAACUUGAUAUUCAUCGUGUUGGACAAAUUUGCGGUGAUUCAGUUAAUGGUGUUUGGAAUACUCAAGAACAUAUUCCACUUAUGAUAAAAGGUGCUCAAUUUAUGAAAGUUAUGCCAAAUUCAUAUUCUUCAAAUGUCGAUUGGAUUCCUGUUGACUUUGCAUCACAAAGUAUCGUUGAUAUUUCUUUGAAUGCACCACUUAAUGAUGUUAAGCAAGUUCGAGUUAAUCAUAUACUUAAUCCGAAACGAAUAACAUGGAACGGAUUUUUAAACUCUUUACAACAAAGCGGAAUAAACUUCAAAAUUAUUUCUAAUAAAGAAUGGUUAGAUAUAUUAUUAAAAACUCCUGAAUAUCAAGAUGUGAGUAAGAAUCCAAUAGCUGCAUUAUCGGGAUUCUUUGAGAGAUCCAUUAAUGAAUCAUUAGGUAAUCAACAACCUAAUCAUAUUUUUGAAACUCAAAA